AUGAUCGAGACUAGCAAAGGUAACAAAGCCGGGGAUGUUCUUUGCGAUUGUGCAUGCAUCACGCUAUGCAUAUGCAGGUGCCACCAAUGCAACCGCAUCUGCUGCCCUCUCGCAUCCCUUUCUGCUGCGCAAAAAGGAAAGGGUAGGAAACAUGCAGGAUUGCCUUGGUGCUGGCAUUUGAGGGCCAGUAUUUUUCGGAUGACGAGACGUAUGAUUCUGUAG